AUGCCGUUAUCAGACGCUCUCGACUCGCGCGAGAUGGACGACCAAGAGCAGGUCGAGCAGAAGAUUAUCAACGAAGAGUACAAGAUAUGGAAGAAGAAUAGCGUUUUUCUCUAUGAUAUGCUCUACGGACGCGCACUCGAGUGGCCAACCCUCACCACACAAUGGCUACCCGACAAGAAGCCUGUAGAAGGCACCAACAUGAGCCAGCACCGCAUCAUCCUCGGCACCCACACCUCGAACCAGGCGCAGAAUUACCUUCAAAUCGCCCACUGCGAGAUUCCCGACUUCCGCGUUCCCGACUUGUCAGAGCUCAACGAGGAGCGGGGGGAGAUUGGCGGCUAUGGCAAUGCAAAGAAGCCUUUUGACUUCAAGAUUGUGCAAAAGAUCAACCACCCCGGCGAGGUCAACAAGGCGCGAUACCAACCACAGAACCCCGACAUAAUAGCGUCUCUUUGCGUAGACGGCAAGGUGCUCGUUUUCGACCGCACCAAGCACCCACUGCAGCCCAAGGACGACACCGUCAAGUUCGAAGCGGAGCUCGUAGGACACAGCAAGGAGGGCUUUGGACUAAGCUGGAGUCCCUUGAAGGAGGGCCACCUGGUGACUGGUAACGAGGACACGACGGUCAAGACAUGGGACAUCAAGUCCGGCUUCUCCAAGAGCAACAAGACCAUCAGCCCAACAGCAACGUACAACGUCCACAGCGCCACCGUAAACGACGUCCAAUACCACCCCAUCCACAGCCACCUCAUCGGCACCGCAUCCGACGACCUCACCUGGCAAAUCCUCGACACGCGCAUGGAGACGUACAAAAAGGCAUUAUACAGGAAGGAAGCUCACGAGGACGCUGUCAACUGCAUCUCCUUCCACCCAGAAUUCGAGGCGACAUUCGCAACAGGUUCCGCAGACAAAACCGUCGGCAUCUGGGACCUACGAAACUUCGACAAGAAGCUACAUAGCCUCCAAAGCCACCGCGCAGACGUCAUCGGUCUCCAAUGGCACCCACAAGACGCCGCCAUCCUCGCCAGCUCCAGCUACGACCGCCGCAUUUGCCUGUGGGAUCUCAGCAAGAUAGGGUCAGAACAGUCGGACGAGGAGGCAGAAGAUGGUCCUCCCGAGCUACUCUUCAUGCACGGCGGCUUCACAAACCGCAUCUGCGACUUUGACUGGAACAAGAACGACCCCUGGCUCAUGAUGGGCGCGGCAGAAGAUAACCAACUUCAAAUCUUCCGCCCCUCGCGUAAACUCGUGGAGCCGCUCAAGAAGACUGUUAAUCAUGGAGAGGUCUCGGAUUGAGCUCUUUUUCCCCUCUAUUUAUCUAUGCCCAUUCUCUUGACGUGGGCUAAUGGGUCCUUGUGUGAUAACAGGCAGCGGAUCAGACAAGGCGUCCAGCAGACAUAUUCGUUGGAUCCUUACCCAAUCGAUUUCUACAGUUGUGGCGGCGGUUGGGUUUCGUGUUCUGAGUCGCCUUGUUAAGAGAGUGGGUUGGGGCUUUUGAGUCUAUCCCCUCAUAUUUGUUUUGGCUGACUGGCUGUACGUAACCGUGGCUAGGUUUGAAUGGUGGAAUGUGAAAUGAGCGUGUUCAAGGCGUCUACAUCAAAAUCGGGUGGAGGAGUGUGAUAUCCUUUGCUUUCUUAAAUCCAAACACCGUAUUUCUCUC